CCUACAGCAUCGUGAUGCCGAUCACUCACAUUGUUCUCUUCCAGUUUAAAACGGGCACUAGCCCUGAAAUUAUUAGAGAUGUUUGCAGUCGGAUGUUGGCCCUAAAAGACAACUGCCUUCACCCUUCGUCCCAGAAACCAUAUAUCAGGACUUCAUCUGGUGGCAUAGAUAAUUCUCCUGAAGGCAUCCAGCAUGGCAUCACACAUGCCUUUGUUGUUGAGUUCACGAAUGCCGCGGACCGAGACUACUAUGUCAAGGAGGAUCCUGUUCAUCAAGGAUUCGUCAAGAGCCUUGGUGGAGUUGUCGAGAAGGCGCAGGCCAUUGACUUCACUCCUGGGGUAUUUUAAAGAAAGGAAAAAGUAAAUGAAGCAGAGGAUUGCUUGUAUUGCUUCGCUCGGCCUCUACUUAUGGAUACAGAUUACCAUCACCUUUACGUUUCUGCUACGUUGUUUUCUUUCCGGAUAGAGAACUGAAGAUAUUAAAGGAAACAUUUCGGUUUAGAAAUUUAGAGAGCCUAUUUAGGGUUAU